AUGAACACUGCAGCGUUCUCCUCCGUCGAUUUACAGCAACAUAUCUAUAACUCUUUACUAGAGUCUCGCACUGCAGAUGUCUCUUUGCAUGUCCAUGGCACAUGGGAAGCAAUCUACAAGUUGCACAGAGUAGUCCUCAUACAGUCGGGGUUCUUCAGCUCGCUAUUCACAGCGGGUUUCCUCGAGUCCUCACCCAAGCCACGUAGCCAUCUACGAGGACCUGAGGAAAUUGACAUUAUUUUCGAUGACCGCAACAUCACUCGUGCAGCUUUUGAGAUAUGCAUCGCACGACUAUAUGGUGGUGGUCCGCCCCUAUAUGUCCCAUCAUCCCUCAUCCCAAGCACAUCUCAUCCACUUACUCCUUCCUUUUCUGGCCCCCCUUUACCUUUCGAUACACCCAAAGGGCACCACACCACCAGCCCUCAGUUGUUGCUCUCACUUUUGGCCACAGCAGUCUAUCUCUCCAUACCCUCCAUGGCAUCGCAGGCCGUCAACUGCAUCAUGAACACGGUCGGACCGUAUACCGUUAUUCCUUACCUCAAUUUCUCUAUUGGUAAAGCUAUCGAAGCUCAUCCUGGCCACAAAGCCGAAGCAGCAGUGGGCUUGGAGAACAUUGCACAGUUAGUUACCUCCGAGAUUCGCGCAUCUAGUACAUCGUGUUCUCCUCUGCGCACAUCAAGCACCAAGCGAGAUCCUGCCGAUGAUUUGUCUGAUAAACUAUUGGAUCUAGAUGUACAGAAGGAGGAUCCUGCUGAAUCUGAUGAGGUAGAAUCUGAGCCAGACGAUGGGCCAAUCCGCGAACCUCAUUUCCAUUAUGGACUGUUAUCAGACAAGAUUGGCGAAGCUGCGGUAUGCUGGAUCGCCCGGUGGGGCGCAGAUAUGCUUAUCUACGAGGAGAAAGCAUCUCGUGGUCCAGAACCUCCCGCUACCCCAGUUCCCGUCCCUGCGCAAAAUGUGUCGUCGCGCAAGAGAGCCGAUACGAUGCCUGUCAAAUCUUCACCUUCCAGUGAGCCUACCGUACCAGAACCGCAUGUGACUCCCGUCAUCUGGGCAAGGGGUGGCUUAAACUCGCAGUGGGUGCGACAGAUUUUAGGCUCCGAUUUGUUGUUUGUGAAAGGGGAGAAGGAACGCUAUGAUAUGGCUUGCACUAUCGUUGAGCUUAGGAGACGGCAGGGUAUUGAUGAAGAGGAGGAGAAAGACUGGGAAAUGUUGUUCCGUGAAGGCAUCUACUAUGCCAACCUGCUCGUGGACGAUAUCAUUGCAAUGUCGCAGCAUAUCUCCCCUACCACUGGUCGACCAUUUGUUCCUCUUUCUGUUUUACAGGAAGCUCAUUGGGAUCAGUCAUUACUGCGAUGUCAAAUUACAACCAAACCAAACCCACCCUCUCCCCCUUCAUCCCCAUCCUUGAGCCCUCCGCCUUCGCGAGACAAGGAACUUGGGUUGUCCAUCACGACUGCCGAGAUUCUUGCUCGAUUGCCGGCCUCGAACUCUUUGCCAAACCUAGUAGAUGACAAAGAUAAACCGUAUUAUCCCGUUGGACACGAUUCAUCCGUACGCAUUGGCGAUAGUGGGAGCAUCGAAGGUGCUUCUAUGGACCAACUCUUCGAGUCACCUCCACCAUUGUCCAGUCCAAGCACAGACAGCAAGGCGCCUGUUCGUGCAACGACUACCGAGGCUGAUUUCUUCGGUCUGAAGUCAGAACGACGAACCGCAUCAGGCUGUAUAGCAUCUGACGCAACGGGUAAAGCGCGGUGGUCACCCUACCCUCCAUUCAGAUUUGCAGUGGAGUUCUGGGAUAUCGAUGCACUGAAGGAGAAGUCCCGCCUGCACUCACAGACGGUCUGGUACGCAGGAAGCUUGUUCAAUGUAUAUGUGCAAGUUAUUCGAAAGAAGGGUAUUCAGCUUGGAAUAUAUCUUCACCGACAAUCGAACAUUGAUCCUAUCCCUGCCGCUUCGGCGCCAUUGUCACUCAGUCGUACAGGACAUACACACAACAACAGAGUGCCAUCAUUACCACUACUUUCUACGUCGCAGUCCUCACCCUCUGUGACUAUGCAUCCAUUCGCCCUCCAUUCGCCCUACGUCACAAAGCACGACGCCUGGUUCAUCCCCACCGACAUCAUCCGGCCUUGCUACGUCCUUUACCUCUUCUCCUCCGAGCACCAUUCCGGCUACAUCACCUCCCGUUGCUCCAGUGCAGUCAUAUCGCGAUCCCCGGCCUGCUGUUGCAGCUUACUUCACUAUCUCUUGUGCCAGCUCUACUGGUUCAUCUAUUACGCGAUUCACGAGCGUUCCGGACGUGUUCUCAGUCAGUCAAAGCUGGGGUUGGAAGUCGAGCUCCUUGCGGACUGA